GUGGCAGCACUGGGCAGCACCGAGGUGCAGAGAUGAGAGCACCCUACUCGCUGUCCUGCCUCUUCCUCCUGAGCCUGGGAGCCUGCAUCCCUCCCGGCGAGCGCUGGGAGCCGGCAGAGCCCGGGGAAGGGGCUGCGCUGGGGGGCGGCUGGCAAAGGGCGGCGGAGGGCCGGGGUCCCGGCUGGAGGGCAGGGGCACGGCGGAGGAGAAGCGAGGAGCUGGAUGAGCUGCUGAGCAUCACCCGGGGUCCCGGCUGGAGGGCAGGGGCACGGCGGAGGAGAAGCGAGGAGCUGGAAGCGCUGCUGAGCAUCGCCCGGGAGCUGCGGGGAUACAGCGCGGCCGGGGCCGGGCAGCGGCCGGGCGGGAGCGGCGGCCCCGGGGCGCUGCCCGUGGUUGGGGAGAAGCGCAGCGGCACCCUGGGGAACCUGGCGGAGGAGAUCAACGGCUACAACAGGAGAAAAGGGGGAUUCACCUUCCGCUUCGGGAGAUGAGAGCUUGGGCUCGACUCCCCACCUCCCGCGGGUCACCCUGUCCCGUCCUUCCCCUCCGUCUCGCCUGGGUUUGAUCGGACAAAAGGGUAUUUUGGGGGGGCUCUGCUGCUGGGGGUGCCUUGGGGAGGGGGGAUGCUGCGUUUGCUCCACUCCCAGCUCUUGUCUGGAUCUCCCAUCCCUGCUCCCGACCGAUGCAAUGGAAGAAGAGGAGGAGGGUGCUUUAAGGAGAAAUCACCAAAUCCCUUCCCUAGUCGCACACAGCUUUUGCUGGGGCACAAGGCAGGGCCUGGUGUGGGUCUCCGGUGCUGCCAGAGAGCAGGGGUGGCACAGCAGGGCCUGGCAGCAAGGCUGGAGGGUACAGCAGGACACUUGUGGUGCUGAUAGUCCCCAGAGAGUGCCUGCAGUCCAGGGCCAGCCGUCAGGGAGGAGAGGGUCCCUCAGAGAUCUCCACAGAGUUGCUGCUCUCCUGCCUAUUAAGGAAAAGUCCCUCCGGCAGCAAAUUCUGCUUAGUGUCAAGAUGCCUCUUACACGAGGCAGCUCCUGCCUGCAAAACCAGGGCAGAGCAGCAGGGUUCAAGAAAAUCUUGUCCUUAGCAACCCCUGGGGUGAGCACAGAAGCCUGCCCUGGCACCACCAGCCCUGCCACAGCCCCAUACUCCUCACCAGGGCGAGAUAGUGAUGCCUGACCUUCAAUGUCCUUGUCACCACCCCAGCUCCUGCUGACAGCCUGGCCCUUCCCAGUGCCUUCCUGGCCUCCUCACCAUCUAAUCCCAGCUGUAGCUCCUGUGGAACUUGGGUGCAGAAGGACUGAAACAAGAACUUCUGCACCCACCAGGACCACUGAGAGGUGCUCAGUGUCACUGGUGCUCCAGGCUUUGGAGCCAUCAGCCCCAAAAGCCAGCACAGAAAGAGCCCCACUGCCCAGCCACUGCCCUCCCCUCUUUUGGGCAGAUUUAGCUCUGCCAAUCCCAGUGUUUUCUCUGUGCCUGCCAGAGGUACCAGCAAUCAGAGCUCUAACUACCUGCUGCAGGCACUAACGGCAACUUACACACUGAGCCACUGCUGAUAUUUCAUUGUAGGCACAAAAAUGAGCCUGGAGAUGAUUUGCAAGUGCUGAAUUGCGCCCUCAAAAAUCAGAGACCGUGGCAGAACUUGGUUGGGGGAGUAAAAAGAUUUUAAAGAAACCUAAAUCAGGCUGCAAGAGGUGCAUUGUAAUAUCCAUCAAGCAGACAGACCACUUAAUGCAGUGCUGCGUGAGCCGUUCUGGCAGCAGGAGCAGUGACUGGCUGAAUGGAGGAGCUGGAACCCAGGGGAAAACAGUGGUGGGGCAGCAGGUGCAGGGAGCAAUGGAGGCACAGGACCAUCAUCAGGUCUGCAGGGACACGGAGAGCACCAGGGUUUGGCCCUGGGGAGAGGACAGCGAUGGUGCCAAGGUGAGGAGCAGCAUUUCCUUCCCUGCAGCCCUGAGCAUCUCACACUGAGCACAGCAGGACGGCUGAGCCCGCACAGACCCGCACCCCAGGCACCCCCAAACCCUUCUCCAUCCCUCCCCAGCCCUGCCCCACCAAAGGCCCCCCUGUUUGGAGCGGGACGCAGGCGCCGCGCUGGCAUCACACAGCGCAGACGGAGCUUUAUCGAUGUUUCCAUGGCAACGACAUCCCCCUACCCCCUUCUUCGGAGUGUUCAAACCAUCAAUAAACACGCACUGAUC